AUGGCAAAAAAAGUUGAUAGCGGAGUUUGUGCUACCAUUCAUAAAAUCCAAUUGAUAUGGCCUAACUGGGCAAAACAAUUGUUAAAAAGACAUAAAAAUGAUGAUAAUGAGGAUCCAUUACUUUUGAUUGAAUGGGUAGAACUUGGAUAUAUUUAUGACGGUUAUCUCUAUACAUUGGCAUUACAACUAAUUGAAGAUGCUUAUUAUAUAGAUCCAGCAGUACUUACUAUAGAAGAAAAACAAUCAAUGUUCAUAGGUACUAAAUCACAAAGUUACGCCUUCAACGCAAUCGAAAAUUCUCAAUCCACUUCGGCAUCAUCUUUUUCACCUUCAAAGCUUGCAAACAUACAAGGAGGAAAAGAGAUUAAAAAAAUUGUUACAAUUUUAGUCAUCUAG